AUGACAAAUACUUGCGCACAAUCUCGAAGAAGAGAUUAUUCCAAUGUAUCAACUAUUGAUCGUUUAGCAUUUAGUCGAGCACAACAUCUUCAAUCACGAGAAAAUCGACCGAAAUCAGUAUCCGAUGAUGAAAUUGAUGCAGUUUCAGAUUGGUCAGAUUCUGAUCGAGAAUGUGAUUUACUUAGUGAAUUUGAAUCCGUAACAAAUUUUCAUCAAAAUGAUAGAAAUAGAAAUUAUUAUAAUAUACCAUUUGAUGCAGAUAUUGAAAAUAAUAAAUUCCCACAAUUGAAUCCUCCAUUUUUAUCUCGUACCAUAGAAACACCAUUGGGAAAUAUAAAUGAUAGUACAACAAGUACACAAGUAUCAUUUGUAAUGGAAACUGAUAAACCAAAACAUCGAUUUAUUAAAAAACAAUCUAUUAGUUCAAUAAAACAUACUCAAGCACCAUUAUUACCAGCACGACGUAUUCAAACUAAACAAACAUCACCAUAUCGUUCAAUGAAUCGUAAAACUACAAAUGCACAAGUAGCAUAUCCUCUUCGUAAUCCUAAAACACCUACACGUUUUUGUCUUCCACGGGAAAAUACAUAUACUAGUAAUAAUAUUAAUUCUCGAUUGGGAACAGAAUCAUCAUUAUCAACAUAUAGUACAUUUCAAGUUCCUGAUGAUAAUUAUAAUCAACGACAAAUAACAUCACCAAGUUUUAGUCAAUCAUCUAUAUCUCGUACAUAUGAAAUGAAAAAAUUAUUUGUUGAUGAUUGCGAUUAUGGUCGUUUAGUAGAUACAUCUGGAAUACGACCACCUCAACCACGUGGUCGUCAAAAAUGGGGUACAAUUGUACAUCCACCAUUUCCAUUGGGUUAUCAACAUAUAGCUCCGGAACAAGUCACACAAGUUGUUGAACGUCUUGUAAGUCCUGUACGUUGUCGUGAUCGACAUAUUCCUGUUUCUUCAACAUCUAAACGUUAUUUAUCGGUUGAAGAAACUGAUGCUUUGAUUAAUCGAUUAACGAAAGCAAAAACAAUCCGAUCAUCAGAACAAUAUUCAUCAAUACAACGACAAACUGGAACAAUAAAACCAUUAAAUAAUAAUACUAAUAACUGGAAAGGGUCUGGUAUACCAGCAUAA